GGAGGGAGGUCAGGGAGCGUGUGUGCGUCACAGGGAAGGUAGAGGAGGGGACGGGGCUAUGGCGGAGGUCGCGGCAGCCCCGGGCGAGCCCGAGCCCGCGGAGGCGGCGGCGGCGGGCGAGGGCUCCGAGGCCAAGGCGCUGAGCGCGGGGGAGUACGCGCGGCGCGUGCACCAGUGGCUCUGGGACUCGUACUGCGGCUACUGGAGCUGGCAGAGCAGCCUCCCCGCGCUCCUCGCCGCCGCCCCGUACGGCAGCCCGGGCCCGCCCGCCGCCCCCGGCUGCCCCCCGCCGCCCGGCUACUACGCCCCCUGCUACCUCCUCGCCGCCCCCGCCGCGCCGGGACCCCGCGCGCCCGCCCCGAGGGAGAGCGGCCGGCCGGCAGGUCGGGAAUACAUUAUCCCAUCCUUGGCACACAGGUUUAUAGCAGAGAUGGUGGAUUUCUUUAUUCUUUUCUUUAUAAAGGCAACCAUUGUCUUAAGUAUUAUGCAUCUCAGUGGAAUAAAGGACAUUUCCAAGUUUGCUAUGCAUUAUAUAAUAGAAGAAAUAGAUGAAGACACAUCCAUGGAAGACUUGCAGAAAAUGAUGAUAGUGGCCCUUAUCUACAGGUUGUUAGUCUGCUUCUAUGAGAUUAUCUGUAUUUGGGGAGCUGGUGGGGCAACCCCAGGGAAGUUUCUGCUUGGACUUCGAGUUGUGACAUGUGAUACAUCUGUACUUAUUGCACCAAAUCGUGUGUUAGUGAUUCCAUCCUCUAAUGUUAGCAUAACAACGUCUACAAUACGAGCCUUGAUCAAGAAUUUUUCUAUUGCUUCCUUUUUUCCUGCAUUCAUUACGCUGCUAUUUUUUCAGCAUAACAGAACAGCCUAUGACAUUGUAGCAGGAACUAUUGUGGUAAGAAGAAAUGGAGUAAGAUGAUACUAAAAGAAGCCCAGAUUACCAAACUUUUUUGAACUCCUAAAAAACAAAGUAAAGAAGACCAUCAGUAUUGGUUGCCCAAAUUAACUGGAGACAGAUUCAGACGUUAAACAAUGAGUCAUUCCAGUAUGGUGCCAGUGAUUAUCUUGAAAGUAUUGAUUUUUCUUAAAUGCCAAAGACAUUUCAGAGAAAUAGUACCUAUUCAAUUUGGAAGUAUUAACAUUAGAUUGACAGGAAGGAAACUGGUUAUAUUUAUCCAUAAAGACAGUUUCUGUCCAUCUCCAGAAAGGAGAUGCCUGGAAAUAUUGCCAUCCUAAAAAGUACUGGUUCUACAACUUGAUUAUUUUAUGGCAAAAAUAAGUUGGAGAAUGUAGUUGUGGUCUAUAUGGGUGUUUACAAAACACAUUACAGAAACUAUCCCUUAGAAGGGAUUGCAGUGUUUCUUGGGGGGAUGGAGGCAAAAAUAUAGCUAAUAAUGUGUUGCCAUUAAACCGAUACAUUGUGCGGUGGUUGGGUAUUAUCAGCCCCUAAAAGGCUUAGUGAACUCCUUCACUUCAAGCAUUGUAUUCACCACUUUUCAAAUGUGUUCUUUAAACAUGUAUUGUGGCAGGUUUUUUGCAUGAUUGUGUUAAGCAUUAAGUCACUAUUUAUGUCUAUCCUAAUGAAGAGGUAAAUUAGGUUACCACUUCUUUGUGGGAAGAAUAAAUUACUGUGGUGUUUGUGUAAAUAACUUCAGAGCUAUAAAAUUAACAGUAUAGAUCAUGGAAACAAAAGGUGAAUAUGGUUGCUUUCGUUAGUUGGGGAAGGAAAGGUUUUACUUCCCUCAAAUUGUUGCAUAUAGACUAUGUAAACUGAUAGAUGGAGUUUAUAUGCAGCAUGUAGAAAAUAUCAACCAGAACACAAAUUAUGGCUAACUUUAUAGACAAGUUCAAAAAUUGGUUUUCACUUUAUAUUUUAAAAUUCUGCCUAAUCACUGCUAUAUGCAGAAUAACUUGGAUACCUACUGAUGAAUAAAGAAGCCUAAUAUUUUGCAUGAUUACAUAGCUUUGAUAACUUAUGUUUAUUCUUCAUGUAAUACUGACUGGGAAAGAGCUUCUGAAGAACAGUGCCAACUUUUUGUUAAAACUUGAUUAAAUAUGUCAGGUGGUUUUUUUGUUGUUGUUUUGUUUUGUUUUUUUUAUGAAUUGGAAUUCCACAUUACUGUCUGUAGUUGGCUUAGGACUAAAUAUUGACAAGUGGUUGCAGCAGUUACUCUUGACUGUCAUCUACUUUGUGCAAGGGGGUGUUGUGGGAGGGUAUUUUAAAAUGUGCAAUUUAAUAUAGAACAAGCAUUUCUACUGUUAGUGGCAAUCACCUUCCUAAAUUAUUUCACUAUCAACUUUCACAAUAGUUUAGCAUUUUAAUGAAUGGUGUAUCAUUAGGGCUAAGUAUUGAAGUGUUCCUGAGGGAGUAUUCUGAUCUAAGGAAGCAUGAAGCUAAACUAAUUUUCACUACAAUGGUGUUUAAUCUGCUUUUUGGUUACUACUUGCAAAAGGUUGAAUGUCUGUUUUAGAGAGAUGUACCCUUUGCAUGAUUAGAUCUCCACACACACACCGCUUCCCCCCCCCCCCCCAGCAGGAGUGAGCUCAUUGCUUCUUGUAAACUUGGUUUCCACUUACACAUGAGAGUCCUGUGGCACCUUUAAGACUAACAGAUGUAUUGGAGCAUAAGCUUUUGUAGGUGAAUACCCACUUCGUCGGAUGCAGCGAAAGCUUAUGCUCCAAUACAUCUGUUAGUCUUAAAGGUGCCACAGGACCCUCUGUUGCUUUUUACAGAUCCAGACUAACAUGGCAAUUUUAAAGUAUUGCCUACUAACUGCAGAUCAGAUUAGAAGCUGCCGAUUUCUUAAACUGCAGAGCCACUGUUUAAAAUUUGAAUCUCAGCUAAUACUCAUUCCUAGAGCUAAUGAAGUGGAUAAACACUGAGUUCAGCCACAGUACAAAGACAACCGUAUUCUACUUUCCUUUCUGGUUUCACUGUGCAGUAGGGCAGCAGGUUUCACCAACACUGUGUGGUGUGCCCCCCUCCUCUUCCCUUAAUAAGCGGUUCCUGUUCUGCACAUGCUGUAAGCACAACCAUUGGGAUAAAAUACUAGCAUGAAUAGGUUAGACAACAGAAAGCUGGGAGGUGAGCCUACACCACAAACUCAAAUAGCUGAGUUAGUCAUACUAAUAUAAUUAAAUGGUUUUGGGAGAAUGACAGGUUUGCACACAGUAACAGUGAAUAUGAACUACUGCUAGAUAGAAAUGACAGGCUAACUCUGCUUAGGCCAUUGCUUUUCAGUACAGAUAUGGCGGGGGCAAAGUAUGGCCCACGGGCAGGAUCCGGCACGUCAGAGCUUUCAGUCUGGCCCGUGGGAUUGCCAGCCCUGUGGUGCAGUGGGGCUAAUGCAGCCUCCUUGCCUGCUCUGUCCCUGUGCGGCUCCCAGAAGCAGCUGACACCAGGUCCCUGUGGGGCAGAAGGCUCUGUGCACUGCAGGUACUGCCCCCCGCAGCUCCCAUUGGCUGGGAACAGGGAACCACAGCCAAUAGGAGAUUCAGGGGAGGUACCCACAGGUCUGAGCCCUCUCUGCACCCCAAAUCCUUGCCCUGAGGCCUUUCCUGCCCCAGCCCUACGUUCAUGGCCCUCAGACCAAAAAGUUUGCACAUCCCUGAGAUAUGGGGUGGCUAUUUAACUUGAUGGGCAGCCUUCUGCCUGUAUCUAAAAUCAGGACACUGACCUAACCUUUCUCAGCUGGACACCCAGAUUCCAAACCUACACCCAUCAAAAGAGCACCUCUCUGCCUUCCCCCCAAAUUAUGAUGGCACUGUACAAACAGUCCAAUGAUUCCUGUCCAAAGAAAUUACAAUUGAAGAUGACAAGAUUAAAAAAGUAGUGGGUUUAUCUUACACUAUAGUCAUUGCAAACAAAUGGAGAUAGGCUUGCUAUUUUAGGGGGGGAAAUCAUUAGCAUUAAAAGGAGAUGUAUUUUGCACAUGCUUUUCCUUCAAAAAUGUAAAGUUGAUAAUUGUACAGUUUUAAUAAAUUUAAUAGUAAAUAGUGUAGUUAAGGUAAAAUCAUUCCACCGGCUAGACAGAAUAACUUCCCAUUUAAUCUUUAGUCACAAAGGCUGUGAUGUCUAACACUCCAAACUCUUGGGGGAAUGUCUGAUGGGUGUGGAUCAAGCUUAAUUGUACCAGCAUAAAAUUGUUCUAAUGAUGUAUGGGUCUUCUCCCUGAAGAUAUGCAUUUUUGAACUCUUAAGUUUAGUCAUAACCUUUAAAACUAACACCCAGAUCAAAGAUUUCUGAAAGGCUAAUAGCAUUCUAAACAAGAAUCUAGUUUCUUCUAUAUAAAUGAAUUCAUUCUAUGUAUCACAGAAGGCUGCAUGUUACCUUAUCAGUUGCCUAUAGAUGAUAUGGUGCAACAGACUGCAAAGUAGAGACGGUGCUAGAGCAAAACUUCAAAACAGAGAUUAUAGAAUCAAGAAAAAGAAACUUGACAUCUCAUGUUAAGGUUCUGCUCUUAAGUGCUCAAGAUGUCAAUCAUAUGACCAGAUUUAUGGUGAAUUGCUGCAGUUAACUCUGUACUUUCUCUUGUUUAUACAUUUAAUCUUCUCUCAAAGAGAAGUUCGUUUUUACAAAGUACUUGAAUUCAGCUGUCACUGCCUCUAGCUUCACUGUUUCUCACACUCAAAUGGGUGCUUGCAGUUGGCACUUUGUUUGGAAGUGGUCAGGGUAGUCAGUUGUCUGAUAGGUCAAAGACAAUUUAUACCAUUCAGUUCCUCAAUAAAAAUCUAAGCCCC